AUGGGUCGCAAGAAUAAGGAGACUAACGAAGAAGAGCGAAAAAUCAUUAUUAAAUUACACAAUCAGUGUAAAUCUCUACGGGAAAUUGCUCAGCUCAUCGAUAGACCUCGAUCAACAGUCCAAUCAAUAAUUGACCGUUUUUGUAUUAGAAAAACAGCUAAAAAUAAACCAAGAACCGGCCGACCACAAGCCUUCACUGAAACCGACAAACGUUUCAUUCUUCGCCAAGUAAAGCUGGAUCCGAAAACAAGUGCUUCAAAGAUUGCGGGCGAACUAAAAAAUCGCGGUGUGGACGUUUCCGCUAACACAGUUCGAAAUGUGUUGCGAGAAAACGGAUAUCAUGGCCGUGUUGCCAGGAAAAAGUUCUGA